GUGAGAAACACUGUGGUGCGCGUGAAAGUGAGUGAGAGAGAGAGAGCGUCAGAGAUGAGUUCCUCUCCACCCACAUCUAUCCAUGGCCAAUGUGAGGGGGAGGUGAAACAGUUUAUAGCUUAAGGUGCCAUUAAGUCACAUUAUUUUACCGUCUCAGUCAGGAUAAGAGGCUAGUCAACACAGCUCUACAUAAGAAUUCUACCCUGCUGGUGCAAUCAUGUCUUCUCAUGUGAAACUCAAGAAGGAGAGGGUGGGUGUGGUGGACUAUGAUGUGCAAAUUAAAGAGGUGCGUUGCCAGCUCAUAGACCAACUAAAGGUGUUGGAUCUGCAACUUGAGGUGAAAUCUCAACAGCUGCAAGACCUAACGGACUACCUGCGGCGACGUGGCGAGAUUGAAACAGAGUACGCCCGUUCACUGGAAAAACUUGCCGAAAGGUUUACGUCAAGAAUUAAGAGGAAAGACCCUGGCACUCACUCCGUCUCCCAAGUCUGGCUGACUCUGCUGGUCCAGACUCGCCAGGAAAGUAAGGACCACAGCAGAUUGGGUGAAAGCUACAGCAACCUUCUCACUCAGCCGCUCAACCACUGUCUGGAGUUCACGCAACGCCUUGCUAAGAAGAGUAAAGACAUCUGUACUCAGCUACAAGAUGGGCUCCUCAAGGUUACCACAGAGCUGCAGACCGCAUGGCGGACGUACUACCAGUACCACUCAGAGUAUGAGAGUGCAGAAGGGAAGCUGAGGGAGGCAGAGAAACAGGAGGAGAAACACAAGCAGAGUGCUGCUAAGAAACUGGAGAGGUUGAUAGAAAAGAGACAAAUAAAAGUCCAAGACAUAUACCUAAAGUGCAGCAAGGCCCGAAAUGACUAUCUCCUAAACCUGGCUACAGCAAAUUCCUCCAUGAAUAAGUACUACCUUGAGGAUGUCUCCAGCCUUAUAGAUUGUGCAGAUGUGGGCUACCACCUAUCUUUGGGACGCGUAAUGCAGGCCUAUCUGUCUAGACGGUGGUGGGCACGGCAAAACUUGAGCACAGGUUUGCAAAAGGUCCAGGAGGCCGUAUCUGGACUGGACCAGAGCCGGGACAGAGACAGACUCCUGCAGGACCACUACAAUGCCUUCUCCAUGCCAGUCCGCUUCCCCUAUCAGCCCCACGAAGGGGACCAGGAUUCUGAGGUCAGUGCAGCGGGUGAGAUGAGGUCUGAGCUGGAGACCCGAUUCAGACAGAUACAAACCCGACUGAAAGCUGUUACCCAGGAAACGGAGGAGGCUUGUCAGAGCAUGUCAGCUGCCGAGUCCUCCCUGCUGGAAGGGAUUAGUGACGACGAUCUUGAGCCGGGUGGUGGAUGUGAUUUGUCUCUAGAGGACAGCACUGAGAAUCUGGCGGUCAAGCCCAGUGCGGCCCGACGCAGGGCCAACUUGGUGGAAGUAGAAAACCUCUACUUUUUUAAGGUAAAAGAGUACCUUCUCGACAGUUCCUUGGUAUCCAAGCUCCAAGCCAAACAUGACCUGCUCAAAGUGGCUGUGGAAAAAGCUGAAUCAUCAGAUAGACAGCAGCCAAGACACAUUGGAAUGUCGCUACGUAUCAGGAAGACUCAAUCGAGUGCCCAUUUGUUGCCCAAUCACAAGCUUUUCAAUGUGGACAUAUUGUCCUUCAUAGAGGAAUCAGGACAACAGAUUCCAGUUGUUAUGGAAAGUUGCAUUCACUUUAUCAACAUCAAUGGUCUCCAUCACGAAGGGAUUUUCAGAGUGCCAGGAUCUCAGACGGAGGUUAAUAACUUGAAAGAAGCCUUUGAGCGAGGAGAGGACCCCCUGGCUGAGCAGAGGUAUGAUAUGGACUCUGUGGCUGGAGUGUUGAAGCUCUACUUCAGAGGUCUGCAGAAUCCUCUCUUCCCUGUUGACAGCACUAAUCAGCUCCUGGAGUACGCCCAAAUUAAGAACGAGGCAGAGCAGGCAGCUCAGCUCAAGAUGGUCAUCUGUUCAUUUCCUGAACCCCUCAUCGUUGUCAUGAGAUACCUUUUUGCAUUCCUUCAUCAUGUGUCUCAGUACAGCGAUGAGAACAUGAUGCAGCCUUACAAUCUGGCCGUGUGUUUCGGCCCCAGCCUCAUCGGAGGGAUUCAUGAUGAUGAUGUUGUGACUCUGCAACCUCAGAUCAACUCCCUGGUGAAGAGCAUCAUCAUCCAGCAUGAAAGCAUCUUUCCCAGCCAGAAUGAAGUGCAAGGACCAGUGUAUGAGAAGUGCAUGACGCUUGAAGAGGCUAUUUGUGAGCCUAUUAUUGAGGAAGGAGAGGCAGAGUACAGUCUUAAAGAUGAAACUGGCUCCUCGACAAAUGGCCCAGGUGCGUCUGCAUCUUCUGCACAAAUAAAGGCAGAACGUUCCCGAGCCAACAGCUGCGGCAACGGUGAGAGCAGUAAGACGCCAGCAGGGGGCGGUUUUGCCUUGGCUGGAAAGAUGACACUUCAGAUACCAGUUGGACCACAAUGCAGGCCAAGGAAGAUCCACUCUCCCACUCGUAUGAGCAAAGAAUUUCAACACUCACCUUCUGAGGAUGCAGAGCUUCACAUAGACAAGGAUGUCUGCCGUCAGAUGGAAUCGGUCUUCAAGGAGCUCCUUUCACGGCAAGCAGUGCAGGAUUUUUCCUCCGCACCUUCUGCCCAAGCCCCCCAGAAAAAGGGGAAGCGGGAUGGACGAAAAGGAAUAGGGGGCGGGCUUUUUAGGCCAACGGAUCCGCUGGCCUGAGAGGAGUGGCAGCAGCACAUGAUUUAAGCCGAGAGAUGAUACUAAUGCAAACUGAAGUCAAGUCUGCUGGGCUCUGACAGUAGUUUUCACCACAUCUAUUUCUAGAAAACUGAAAUCACUGACCUUUACGCCCUUUCUCUGAGGCCCGUGUGUCGGGUUUAGGAGGAUUUCUUCAGGAAGCUCACCGUCGUGGUUUUCUUUUAGUAAGGUGCUGAAACUGUGAAGUGCAUAAAAUGCACAUCUGUAUCUAUACAGCAAAAUGUGGUUAUGCAAUUUUGCCAACUGUUCUGAGUUUAAGCCAAAUAUUCCUAUUUGAUUUUUAGCAAUUACGUAAAGAUGCAGACAUUCUCUGAAUAAUAUCGCUGAAGACGACAGAGGCACAAAGGUGGUAAAGGAAACUGAAUGCUUUGGCGUAAAGGAAUUAAUUAUUUUUUAAAGGUUUCACACUUUGAUUUGUCUAUAAAUAGAUCAUACAAUAUUUGCAUAUUUCCUCAGAUUAAAUGAGUUCAGGAAGAUGUGCCCUUGUAAUCCUUGCCAGAUUCUGCAAAGUACUUUCCCAUUAAAGUCUCACCAGUGGUGCAGCUGCCAUGUCAAGUGCACACCUGCUGUCAGGAGUGAACUGACACUUUCAUGUAUGUAUCACAUGACCAGCCUGGUGAUUUUUGGUCAACCUUUUCUUUCAGUUCAGACCGUGCAUCCCCCUCCCACCUCUGUUCACGCAUACAGAACGGCUUCAACACUGGUGUGUCGACAGGUUUUGGGUCUCUUUACAGCCCCCGAUAUUGUGACUUGGACCUAACAAACUGUUAUUUAAUCACUUUUUUUUUGUAAUGUGAUUUGUGUGCCUAGCAUGACUACAUUGCUGUUUUAGAAACUUUUUGUCCCCUGGCAUCUUCCACAAAAAUGCCUUUGUGUGGCCUUGUUUACAGCUUCACACAGAUUAUUUUUCAAUUCAAACUUUUUUUUUGUCUUUCCUCUGCACAAAACUGUAUAUAGCUUAUAGUAUGCUGCUAACAAACAGUUAAAGUACCAAUAUACUGUAUAUCAUUGCAUUUUUAGGUCUUUAAUUGCAUUUUGUUCCUUUUGUUUUUUUUAAAUGAGGAUGCUUAUUUGUAAAGAUUUUUUUUAAAUGUUUUCUAAUGUCUGUCUGUAUUUGUGGUUUUGCUUAAGUAAAGGAUGUG